UCAUCUAGCUCCCUCAUCUGUCACCUGAUGGCCAGCCAAGCAAGUGCUCCGCACAACCGUGGACCCUUCAUCCUUGCACAAGUGACAGAGGCAAGAAAACUGGAGGUCUGCUGGGCACUCAAGCAAUGGCUAGUGAACAGGGCAGCUAUUUCACUGUCUAAUUGCAUUUUUACUUUAAUAACUUCAGGGGAAAGUGCUGCAUUGCCUACCAUGAGUUACUUUCUGUCCUACUGUAAAGCGCACUGCACCACCGUACUCGCUCAGUAUCAGACCCUGAGAUCAGAGGGCUUUCUGUGUGAUAUUUUGCUGAAAGUGAAGGAAAAUGAAUUUCCUGCACACAAAUCCUUGUUGGCAUGCUCCAGCGACUAUUUCCGAGCUAUGUUCAAAAGUUACACCCAAGAGUCUAAGGCCAGUGUAAUUCACCUGCAAGUUGUCUCACCCACUGGUCUCCAGCAUGUCCUGGAUUUCAUUUACACUUCCUUGUUGCCCCUUUCCUUUGAAAGCCUGGAGGAUACCUUGGAAGCUGCAAGCUACUUGCAAGUGACUGACGCUAUUGGCUUGUGCAAUCAAUACUUAGUUAACAACCUUGCCUUGGAAAACUGCUGCUUCUCUGCCAAUGUGGCCAGGAAGUUCUACUUGCCAGAUGCCUUAGAAGCAACAGAAAAAUAUAUUGUCAAAAAUCUCUGGAAACUGCUGGACUUGGAUUUGCCAGGACUGCUCGAACUGAACUUCAGGUCUUUGCUAGCAGUGGUUCAAUCACCAGAUCUCCCCAUAGUGAAAGAAACCUGCUUGUUGAAUCUUGUGCUGCUCUGGCUGAAGCAGGAUAAAUCCAGGCUGGUUCACACAAGCAGCCUUUUAGAGCACAUAAGAUACGGUCUCAUCCCAGUGGAAGAGCUGAGAAAAGCCUACAGACAGUCGGAAGUACCCCUCUCAUCAAGUAUUAAGUGCUUGAUCAUUAAAGGAAUAAAUUACCAUACAUCGGUUUACAAACAGCCUGUCCUGCAGGAUAAGUCCACCACACUAAGGAAUGAGAAAACUCGCAUCAUUCUGCUGGGGGGAGGAACAGCAAGUGGGGGGCUUGUCACAGAUGUGGUGGCCUUCGACGUUUACAAUCACAAAUGGCGAGCUCUCACAAAGGUGCAGGACAGGGUGCAGAACCACAGUGUAUGCGUGGUGGGGAACUUCCUCUAUGUCUUGGGUGGGGAAAUAGAAAAUGGUGCUCCAGGUGACACUAAAACCGAAAAGAACCUAUUGGUUACAAACAAGGUCUACCGUUAUGACCCGAGAUUUAACGCAUGGACCCAAAUCACAGGCAUGCUGGAGAAGAGAUGCCAGUUUUCUUGCUGUGUCUUGGGCAAGGAUAUCUUUGCUAUUGGUGGAAGGGGUGGGGAUGGGUCACUGCAUUCAUCUGUGGAAGUCUACAACAUCAGCAGGGACAGAUGGACAAAGGCCAGGGAAUUGCCAUGUAAGAUGCAUGGCCAUGCCAGUGCCAUUUGCAAGAAUACUAUAUACAUCUCUGGCGGCAAGUACUCAGAUCCAGCCAGCACAAGCAAGGAUGUAUAUUCUCUGAGCUCAUUUGAAGGGCAGUGGGUGAAACAAGCACCCAUGAGCAUUGCUCGAUUUGGGCAUCAGAUGGCAACAAUCAGAGAAGCCAUAUUCACCUUUUUAGGAUUAUAUGAACCAUUCUCUGAAAUAGAAAGAUACGAUCCUGAUCAAAACCAAUGGACUCGGUUAAGACCACUUAUCUAUGAUCGAUUUUGCUAUGGUCUGGCAGUGGUAGAGGAAACAGCUCUUCUUAUUGGGGGAAAGAAAUGGCAGAACUCACAGGAAGUCCCCACGCAAGAUGUGGUCGGUUAUGACAUUGACAAUGAUGGCUGGGAAGAGAUCUGCAAAGCUCCCUCGCCUUGGUGUGGGCUGCAGUGCGCGGUGCUGCAACUCUCCGAACUGGCCGAUGAGCAGGAGACUGACAGCCAGCAGAAGAGGCGGCUGAACUGCUGAGCUCACACACUGAGGAAGAACCAUCUCAGGGGACAAGUAUCAGGGUGGUGCUGAGGAAGAAGAAGAAAACUGCAAUGGCACUGAAUGUGUCAGAGUCAAAGCUUUUCCUUAAUAAGCCAAACACCUGGUGGAAACAUGCAAGGAAGUCUGGCUCCAGCAUGGGAAAAGGUGCUGGAAUUACAGAGUUGGAAGCCUAUCUCAUUAAGGAAGGAUGUAGCAAGUGGCACAUUUUGAGGCAAUGUGCAAGAAUCGUAAUCCUUGACUUUUGAAGAAUAAUACCUAGAUAGCAAUUAAUUUUUCAAGUCCGAUAUUUCAAAGGUUAAAAAAAUAUAAUCCAUCUUUUCUGUUUUCUUAAUCAGAGGUAAUUUUCCUAGCUGGUAAGUGCCAUUGAAUUCUUAUACUAUGGCUAAGCAAAAUAAAAGUGAACUGUAUAAAGACUAGAAAAUUGAUGCCUAUGAGAACUAAUAACAUAUGCUGCCAAGGAAAAGGUAUUAUUCGAUAUGCUACAUACAAGGAAAGAACAUCUUAGCUAACCAGCAUGAAAUUACUGGACAGAAAGCAUGGAUUUUUUUGAUAUAUGGACUCAAGUUAUGGCCAUGAGUUGAAACAGUGAUUGUUUAGCAGAAGUCAUUUCUCCCUGAGCAGCUUUUGUUGCAUUAUGCCCUUCAGAUGCUUAUUUUGUGUCAUUUUAAAGACCAGCACAGCACAUUUCUUUUGUACCAAAACCUUGUGUUAGUUUAGAUGGCCAGAGCUGAAGUGGUAUACUUAUUAUUAGCCUUGUUACAGGAGUUGCUGUAACUAAUCCCUUGAAACUUACCUCAGUAGCACAUGCUGCUUUAUCAUACCUGCUCAUAAGGGUAAAAUGGAUCAUAGCUGCUGAAUGAUCUGCGAGAAUCUUGCAGUCAGAAAAGGUUUACUUUCAUCAAAGAGGAUGAAGGUGAGAGAGGUAACUGAAUGUUGUCAGAAGUCUUUAUUCAGUGUCUGCCUACAUAUGAAACAGCAAGCCUUACUUUUUGGCCAUGCUGGACAAGUUUGAAGGCACAGAUUAUGAGGGUACUUUAAACACUGUGUAUCUGUGAAAUGCAGGUAAAAUGGCCAGAUGCUGCAGAAUCACUUUGGUAUGAAGUAAAUUGAAUCCUGAGUCACAAGU